AUGGGUUUGGGUGUCGAGUCUGGCGUUGUCAUCGUCGAGUUUGAGAUGAGGGGUGUUGAAGUUGGCCAUGGUGUUGACGGGCUUGGAGUUGAUGACGCAGGAGUUUCUGAACUAGGCGGGGGGCAACUCGAGGUAGGUGCAGGUGCCGGUUCAGGCUUGACGACGGUCGUGGUAGUCUCUUGGGUGACUGUCUUUUCCGGACUGACCACUUCCACCGUCUUUGUUGUUGCGACUGUCGAGGUAGCUGCUGGUGGUGCCUGA